UGAGGAAUGAAUAACCUAAAAUACCCUUCCUAUUAUUAGGGCCCAGGCUGUGGGCGCCGGGGGUGACGCAGUCAUUGCGCGCGUCCUCUUGGCCAAUUAUAAUGCCACCCACGCUAACACAGCACGCGGGGCCAGUGUAGCUAGUUGUACCUCUCUCGCCUCCGACACCGACGAGUCAAGAGUCAAGACGCGAUGCAGCCGACGGAGUCCGCCCAACGCCGGGCCUCGUCCACAGCCGCCACGGCGCCCCGGCGAAGCAUGGGGUGCAUGGCUGGCCUUCUCCGCCUGCUCUCCCCGUACCAUCGCCACCGGAAGCGCCUGACAGCCAAGAACGCCACGCUCGAGGCCUCCCUACCGCCGCCGUCUCCACCGCCCAUGAAGAAGCCGGGAGCGUCGCCGUCUCCACCGCCCGUGAAGAAGCCGGGAGCGUCGCUGUCACCAACGCAGGCCCCAGAGAAGCCACAGACGCCGACAGCCGUCCGACGGCGGCGUUCAUGCGAAGCGCCUCGGAGCCCGACGAUCGCUCCGGAGUACCGCCGGGCGAGCUGUGACAGCCCCAGGCCGCCGCCGCCAGCUAUCGUCGCACGCCUAAUGGGCCUGGAGGAGUCCGCGCCGGCUUCCCCCGCCACGACCCCGCGGCCACGACCGCUGCCGACCCGCCCUCCUCCUCCCCCGCCACCAGAGAUGGCCGCGGAGAAGCGGCGCAAGCUGCUGGGCGCGCUGGAGAAAUGCGAUGACGACCUCCAGACACUGCGGCGGAUCAUCGCGGCCGUCCGGGCUGCCGAGCUGCGGUCGGCCGCUGCAUCCGACGUCUCGCCGGCUCCAGCAGGGGAAGGCAAAGGGGGCAAGUGGAUGGACGGCUCGCCGCGGGCGGUGGCACAGCAUCCCAGCCCGGACUCGGUGCUGGACGCCAUCACCUCACCGAGAUUUCCAUGCAGGAAGCGGUCGUCUCCAUGCACACAUCUCGAUGCAGACAGCAAGCCCGAGAUUACCCGUUCCAGUAACGAUGCGCUCAUAGUACGAUCCAAGAUCGUGAAGCCGUCCCGAACACUUGUUUUCUCCGGGGACUACUGCAAGAUCAAGCAAUACUGCAACGAGCUGCACGCCAUGGCCAUGCAUCACCACCCUGCGACGGUGGCGGCUGUCGAGGGAAUGCCGCGGUGGACGCCGUCAGCAGCCGAGGCGAAGGGCUGGCAGCAUCGGAGACGGUGGGGGCUCCAGGGCGAAGAGCGGAGCCGAGCGAUGGUGGAAAGCGUAGGGGAGGUGUGGGGGGAGAGCGCCGGCGAGGAGCGGUGGGAGGCCGGCCUCGUUGGCGCCGCGCUGGAGCGGGCCAUCAUGCAGGAACUCGUCUUGGACGUCGUGACGGAGCUGCUUGCGCACUCCGAGGGGCCGUUUGGCCACGGUCACCACCACGGCGGCGGUGCCAUGUGCCGGAAGAGGCUCUGUUUCUGAGCGAUUUCGCGUGCUCUGCUCUGGCUUUAUUCGUACGUACGUAGUACGAGUGGAGCAAGUCACGCAGUACGUAGUCCAAGGGAUGGAUGUCGGUGACUGACGACCCCAUGAUGUUGGUGGUGGUGGUGGUAUUGAAAGAUCGGAUACGCUGUGGCGCCGUUGUUGGUGAGGGCAAUAAAGUGACGCGUCGCUUUAGAAUGUGGGAGCUCAUGAAGUGAGCACAGUGAAACUGACUCUGCUUUGCGAUCAUGAGGUCGGCUCCACCGCGGCUGCGCGCCCACAAGGACACGAACACAAGUCGUUGAGUUAAGCUUGCAUACCAGAUACGAGUAGAAAAGAAUGCAUUUCCAGCUCCAUGGAAAUUUACAAGUAGCACUCCAUCAUUUGGUGGUAUAGUAGUACUUAGUAGCCCAUGGAAAUUUACAAGUAGCACUCCAUCAUUUAGUGGUAUAGUAGUACUAAGUAGCCCCUCCGUCUCUAAAUAUUAUUUUUUGGAUAUUUAAUUUGGACUACAUAAAGAUGUAUAGACUCCAUCAUUUUCAAGUGUACAUUCAAUUUACUUCAUAUAUAGUCUGUAGUAGAAUAUUUUAAAAAAAUUAUAUUGCUCCGUAUGUUGCAUGUA